GAAAUUCGAAAUGUGUGGGCGGAAAAUGUAGAGGAAGAGAUGGCAAUUAUACGGGAAGUGAUCGAGAAAUAUCCUUACGUUGCAAUGGACACUGAGUUUCCGGGUGUUGUUGCAAAGCCAAUCACGGAAACGUUUUCGCCAGACUAUCAUUACAAAUCUCUGAAAGUAAACGUGGAUCUACUGAAAAUCAUUCAGCUCGGACUAUCGUUCGCCGAUGCGAACGGAAACUUUGCACCUGGAUGCCCUUGCUGGCAGUUUAAUUUCCAAUUUAGCCUGGAAGACGAUAUGUUUGCGCAAGACUCGAUUGAUCUUUUGGUUAAGUCCGGAAUUUCGUUUGAAGAUCAUGCUACGCGAGGUAUCAAUCCCAGAUUGUUUGGAGAACUACUGAUGGUUUCGGGCUUAGUGUUGGACGAUCGCGUCAAGUGGGUGUCUUUUCAUUCUGGAUAUGAUUAUGGAUAUCUCCUAAAGCUUCUGACAACACAAGAUUUACCAGCAGACGAAAAAACAUUCUUUGAGCUGCUCAAGAUUUACUUUCCUACAAUUUACGAUAUCAAAUACAUGACGAGUAUUCUGGACGGCAACUUUUUUGGCGGACUCCAACGGCUGGCAGAUGAUCUUAGUUGUCAACGACUGGGUGCGGAACAUCAAGCUGGAAGUGAUUGCAUGCUUACCAUGGCAACCUACUUUGCUCUGGCCAAAGCCAAAUUUACCAAAUCUGAUGGGAGAAUCGACGAGAGUAAGUACACGAAUGAACUGUUCGGG